GAGGGGAAAAAAAGACCAAUUUCAAUGCCAAAACUCAAGAAUGACAAGAGUUUUAUCACCAACUUUAUUUUAUUGAAACUAUCAUCAUUGACCCUCAACAAUCACCAAAAUUUGGAAAACAAAAAUUGCUAAAUGGCCAUAACAUUGACAUUGUCAUCUCACCCUCCUCCAUCUCUCUCCUCUUUACUCUUAAACCCUCUUCACCUUGUCAGCAGAAGAUCUUCAUACUCUUACAAAAGAAGACAACCUCAAAUCCAACAAAAACCCACUUCUCCUCUCUUCAUCACCAGAGCUAUGAGAGCUGUUGUCCAACGUGUCACUUCCGCCACUGUCGAGGUGGAAGGUCGUAUUGUCUCGGAAAUUGGGCCAGGGCUUCUUGUCUUCAUUGGCAUUCUAGAAUCUGAUUGUGAUUCCGACUCUAAUUACAUAUGCAGGAAGGUGUUAAACAUGAGAUUAUUCCCAAAUGAGAAUACAGGUAAAGCUUGGGAUCAAAGUGUUGUGCAGAAAAGUUAUGAGGUUUUAUUGGUGAGUCAAUUUACACUCUAUGGAACAUUGAAGGGUAACAAGCCAGAUUUUCAUGUGGCUAUGCCUCCUCAAAGAGCAAAACCAUUUUAUGAGUCUUUGGUAGAAAAAUUCGGCAAGAGUUACAACCCGACUUUGAUCAAAGAUGGCGUAUUUGGAGCAAUGAUGAAGGUCAAUCUGGUGAAUGAUGGACCAGUAACCUUGCAACUGGAAUCACCACAGACAUCUAAGAGCGAAAACGACACAGAACAACCAUGAGUUGUCAUCCAUGGUUAUUGGAUCAGAAUCGGAACUUGCAUUUUUGUGUUUAGAAGAAGCUCAUCGAAAUUGAAGUUGGCAGACGAGACUUAUUUUUGAAGCUAUUCAGCCGAUUAGAGCAGUUGUACUUCAAAACUGGAGAAUGAUAUUCCAACUUUGAUGAAGGUUGAUGUUGAUCCUUUUGUUCUUGCUAUUGAGGCCUUUGCGCAUUAGGUUACAACGUAACUAACAAUGAAGGGUGCAUAUGUGCCAUCAUUUUAUACUGUCACUGGCUAGAUUGGCUUCUUUUUUUUUCCUAGUACCUUCAACAUUUGAGGGCAAAUUGGCAAUGUAAUUUUUCAUUGAUAAAUUAUUUGUAAAAGUAUCCAGAAACAUUUUUUCUUUGAGCUGUGUUUCCAUUAUCAUAAAUUUCUCUAUUUUUUUGAA